UCCGCUGGUGAGCUUCCUGUUCCUCGGUGCACGCUUUCCUUCCGCGGGUUUGUGAAACGAAAAUCAUACGAGUAACUGUCGGUUUAUAGUAAAUAAAGAGAAAAUGAGUAAAGCGCAUCCCCCCGAGCUCAAGAAGUUCAUGGACAAGAAGCUUUCAUUGAAGUUGAAUGGAGGCAGACACGUGCAGGGCAUCCUGCGAGGGUUCGACCCAUUUAUGAAUCUGGUGGUGGACGACUGUCUGGAGAUGGGCCCAGGAGGACAACAGAAUACCAUUGGCAUGGUGGUCAUCAGGGGAAACAGCAUUAUCAUGUUGGAAGCUUUGGAGAGAGUAUGAGAGAGGAGGAGGCUACAGACGGAGAGGAGAAUGAUCCACACCUUUUUUACAUUCUUUAUCCCUUUUAGUUGUUUGUCUGUUUUGAAAGAGGCAAUGUCAAUUUGUGUCAGAAUUGUAAGAUGUCCGAUUUCUAUUUACAGGGAUGUUUGUUUCUUUUCAUUUUGAAAUUGUGUGAUCUUGUGAAUAAAUCAUUUUUUCCUUGUA